CUUUAUUAGCGGCUUUGCGGCAGCAUGGCCGCUCCCUCCGCUCCACGCUUCCGCCGACACACACCGUGAAUAAGUAGCUGCAAAGGCCCGGCACAGGAACUCCGUCUCCGGCUGUGACCAUGGCCAGGACUGGUUUCUGCGACUCCAAGCCUCUGCUGGACUUACCCAAGAAGGUGGAUGAAAGGCGAGCCCCCUUGAGAACCUGGGCUAAUGCCUGUGGGCCCAAAGACCGCUGGCAGCCUGUGGAUGCAGAUGAGACCAGAAUGGCCCCGGUCAAGAUGGAGCCGGAGCGCAGAUGGGAAAGGAGCUUGACAAUGCAAACGAGCGACGGCAUCAUCAUGGGCUUUCAUGAAGGCAGUCAGACAAGCUCACCUGCCGACGGGUGUGUGGAGGGGCCCGUGCUGCUUUACACCCGCGGCCUGCAGGGGCUUCACAGCCUACAGGCCUUGGUGCCAACUCUGCUGCGCCUUGAAGUCGAGAACGCGCUCGAGAAACUGAACUUGACGUGGGACCGAACAUACGCCUGGGACAUGUUCCUGGACAUGAUGAGGACUCAAACAUGGCACUCAUUUCCUAAUGCGGACCUGCCCCGGCACUUCACAGACGCCACCCGAGCUGUGCUGGUGGACUGGCUCAUUCAAGUGCAUGAGAUGAUGCACUUCCAGGAUGAGACGCUUUAUCUGGCCGUCCACCUGCUGAACCGCGCCCUGCGUCAGAUCAAGGUGACCACUGCCAACCUGCAGCUCCUCGGCAUGGUCUGCCUCUUCCUCGCUGCCAAGAAAGAGGAGUGUCUCCUCCCGGAGGUGUCUGGGCUCUGCUACUUGAUGGACCACACGUACACUAGGCAUGAGCUGCUGCGAAUGGAGCGCAAGGUCCUCUGUGGGCUGAAGUUUGAUUUAUCCUACACUCCUCCCCUGCAUUUCCUCCUCCUCUUUGCCUCCGUUGCUCGUUGUAGUGCUAAGGUGGUGUGGAUGGCCCGCUUCCUGCUGGAGCUGUCGCUCCUGGAGGGCCAGUGUGUGGUGUUUCAGCCUGUGCAGCUAGCGGGAGCAGCCCUCUGCUUGUCCCGCCGAGUUCUGCAGGAGCCCCCGACUCCGGAGGGCGAGGCUGCCUGGUGUCUGGCCUCCAGCAUCCACGUCGGCAGUGAGGCCACCCUCCUGAGGAUCAUGCAGAUUUUGGUCAGCCCUGCUGCCAAUGCAUACAACAAUGAAGCUUGCGCUACUUCUGUUAAGUUCUCCUCUGCAGAGACUCUGCAUGUGAGCAAACACCCAGGUCUGAAGAACGCCUCUGCUCUGCUGGGUGUAUGACUUAUACCCCACGCACAAGAAAUGUAUUUUUCCAGUGGAGUUCCUGGGCAUUGGACUUGACUUGAUGGCUGUUUCCAUGUCUGCGGCCAGGUCUUUGCUGGCUCCUUUAGAAGUUAAAGCACUCACUCAUCUUGUGAUAUGAAAAGUUUAACGCUACCAUUGUUUGACACAGAUUUAAUGCACUUUUCAUGGAUUUUGCCAGUGACGUGGCAUUUCUUUUAAAAUGUUGCAGCUGAUUUAUAAAAUAUUUGAACUGUAAUAUGUCUGUCAUGUUAUUUGAGAAGUUUUAAUGUAAAAAUAAAGUGUCUGCUGCAAAGUG